CAGUUGAAACCCCCCAAACACACCAGUUGAGAGGAUAUAAACCCGUGGGCUCAUUCUACUUACAACUUUGACUUGGUCUAUUUGGAAGAGUGCGUCUCACUACAGAUCUCUGAUUGCAAAUCGUAUCUUCUCUCCAGUUAUUAUGGAAGUGAAUUCAAAAAAGAAAAGUGUCUUUAUCAGUCUUCCAAAGAAACACAUGGCUGCUUUUGCCAAAGACUAUGAACUGCACCAUGGGUUGAUCAUAAAAGGCCUGAACCACUUCAUCAAUGCAGGAUAUGUGCAAGCUUACUUUAAGGAAUGGGGAGUUGUCACAAGGUGUAAGAUUCUGAAGAUCCAAUCAGAGGAAAAUGAAGCAAUGGCCUAUGUGAGGUUUUCUUCGGAGGAUGAAGCUGACCAAGCGGAGUGGGCCGGUCCCCACGACAUUGGAGGCGAAGUGGAAGUGAAACGAGUUGUUAGUCCAAAGACAGAGGAGGAUUCAGAUGAGGAGAACUCCCAGCAAGCCCUUCCCGGAUCUCGAUCAAAGCGUUCGGUGGGCUUGGGCUACUUACUGGAAGAUCCUCAGUGGUUGGACGAUGAGGAGGAGGAGGAGGAGGAAUAAGCAAAUACUCUGUGACUUUUAUAAGCUUGAAAUCAUAAAUGUAUGUUCAAAGAAUUUAGGGACUGUAAACUAAUAUGGCUCAUAAAAAAUAGUGGAGCUGCAAUAAAAUACCUAAUGUAAUGUAAUAAGAAACCAAAAUGUUAUUUUAUUUAUUUAGCCAAAUUGUGAAUUGCUGUAAUGCAAAGUAUUCUCUUUUUGUUAUAAUCUGUGUUUUUUCAUGAAUAAAGUUUUAUCAUUUUA